GCUGCUGCUGAAACAUUAUCCUCUGUUUAGCUGAAAAUCCUUUAUUUUACAAAGCAGGUCUGUCCUCUUAAUUGUCUCCCCUCAGAAUGAUUUCAAUUAAAUAAAAUAGAUUUUUUUUUUUUAAAUUUAAUAAUUCAAAAAAGGAAAUAUCGUAUCAUCCUAUUUCUGCCCUACCAACACACCCAGCCAUGUCCCAAUUUGCAAAACCCAAUAUAAAAAACUUUGUAGUGUUGGACUAUGUUGUUUUUGCCGCUCUGCUCGUCGUUUCGGCUGGAAUCGGAGUCUUCUUUGCCAUCAAGGAGAGGAAGCGAAAAACAUCGAGUGAGUUUUUGGUGGGAGGAAGACAGAUGACAUGUGGCCCCGUGGCCCUGUCACUCACAGCGAGUUUUAUGUCGGCUAUUACAGUCCUUGGAACGCCGGCAGAAGUCGUUCGUUUUGGAGCAUAUUACUUCUAUUUCAUCAUUUCCUAUACGUUUGUAAUUAUCUUCUCAGCAGAACUAUUCAUCCCUGUGUUCUACAGGUCUGGGAUUACAAGUACAUACGAGUAUUUGGACCUGAGAUUCAACAGAGUUGUCCGAUAUGCUGCAACAAUGAUCUAUAUUGUGCAAACGAUACUUUACACUGGAGUGGUGGUGUAUGCUCCUGCUUUGGCCCUCAACCAAGUGACUGGAUUUGAUCUUUGGGGAUCAGUAUUUGCAACUGGGAUUGUCUGCACUUUUUACUGUACUCUGGGGGGCUUGAAAGCCGUUGUAUGGACGGAUGCAUUCCAGAUGGUCGUGAUGAUAGUUGGAUUUUUAUCUGUAUUAAUUCAAGGAACAAUUCAAAAUGGAGGGCCUUCUAAGGUCUGGGAGACGGCCAUGAACGGAUCCCGUGUAGAUAUUGUUGAUUUUGAUGUAGACCCAUUAAGAAGACACACAUUUUGGACCAUUGCUGUGGGAGGCACUUUUACAUGGCUGGGUAUCUAUGGAGUGAACCAGUCGACAGUACAGAGAUGUAUAUCAUGCAAGUCCGAGAAGCAUGCUAAACUUGCACUGUAUCUGAACUUGCUUGGACUGUGGAUAAUAUUGGUGUGCUCUAUAUUCACUGGACUGAUCAUGUAUGCCAAUUUUGUGAGCUGUGACCCUUGGACUGCAGGCUUUAUAACAGCACCCGACCAGAUGAUGCCAUAUUUUGUAAUGAACAUAUUUGAAAAAUUACCAGGACUCCCUGGAUUAUUUGUUGCAUGUGCCUUCAGUGGAACAUUAAGUACAGUGGCUGCCAGUAUCAAUGCUCUUGCUACUGUGACUUUUGAAGACAUCGUCAAGAGCAUUUUCAAGAAUAUCUCUGAUCAGAAAAGUACUUGGAUCAGCAAGGGAUUAUGUGUUUUAUUUGGUAUUCUGUGCACUGUAAUGGCUGUUGUAGCAUCUUUUAUGGGUGGAGUUGUGCAGGCUGCUCUAAGUAUUCAUGGAAUGUGUGGGGGACCUAUGCUCGGCUUAUUUACUUUGGGUAUUGUAUUCCCGUGGACAAACUGGAAGGGAGCAUUAGGAGGUCUCCUGAUAGGAAUCACCAUGUCUUUUUGGGUUGGCAUUGGAGGAUUUAUUUUCCCACCCGCAGUAUCGAAAUCACUCCCACUUUUAUUGAGAACCGAUGGGUGCCAGCUAGCCAACAUGACUGUGAAUGCGACAGAGACUUUUUCAACAACGAUAACCACAGUACUGGCCACCACUCCACCUCCAGCAAGGUCAGUACUAGCAGAUAACUGGUACAGCUUGUCCUAUCUGUACUACAGCGCUGUUGGAUGCCUAGCAUGCAUUAUAUCUGGCCUGUUCAUCAGCUUUGUUACAGGUCAUGAGCAUGGAAAGAAUAUUAAGCCCCUGCUGAUCAGACCCGUCUGCAAUCUUUUUUGCUUUUGGUCUGACAAAUACAAAUCCAAGUGCUGGUGUGGCGUGCAGCAUGACAGAGAAGAAGACUUUGACCCUAAAGAUAACCCUGAAAACGAUAUCAAGAUGGCUCCUGGGACUGAGAAAUGCAGUCAGAAUGGAUACGAAAACAACUUCUGCAAGAAGCUUCCAACUGGUUAUAAUGAAGCAGAGAAGUCGUACACAAAUGUGAAUAAGGAAAAAAUAAGUUAUAUGUAGCGCUAGUAAAUAAAACAUCCCAAACUAAUUCCCAACUGUUAUACAGAUGGACCAAGCACAUGGCACGCCAUUUAUAAUUCAGUUAGAAGAUGUCACCUUUGGAGUUGGUGUCUGUGUGUGCCAAUAUAAGCCUUCCUUACUUUGUACACCUGUUGGGUCUGUAGGAAUUGUAACUAUGACCUGUAUAGUAUUUAUCCGUUCUUGUGCUAUCUUAGAUGCAGUGAUUAUGAAGAGAAAGUCACCCUAUGCAAUAAAUGGAUUGGGAACAGAAAAAACUUUUUAAAUUGCAAGUUGGAUGUUUUCUUCGGCUGUAGAGAGUUUUUCUGGACCCUGAAGCAUUAUAAAAAUGUUUGAUGUUAUGCAACUGUUAAUGUAUUUGUUGCAUUAUUUUGCCUGAUUAAAAAAAUAAAGA